UUUCAGUUGGUAUAAAACACACGAGUCGCGAGGAAGCAGAACCAGAACGCGAUUCCAUUCCGUUAAAACAUCAACAAUAACAGAACAAAAAUCAAAUACGAAAUAAAACAAGAAAAGUAGAGUCGCGUUCGUUGUUGAAUAUUUCACGCCCAUAGGCUACCCGGAUAUCAAAUAACCAAUACACACACACACACACACACACAUUCCACCCCCCCACACACACACACAUACUCAAUAUGGCCAACGUGGACAUCAGCGAGGAGGCAUUCCAUCUGCGCAUCGGCUACAUGAAGCCGGAUACCAUGGAGAUCGCUCGUGCCGAGCUGCGCGAAACCGACGAGCUGAGAGCAGAGUCACUUCAGAAGCUGCGCGAAUUGCUCAAGGCAACGCCAGAGCUCAACUACAAGGACGACGAUGCCUUCCUCUUGAUCUUCCUGCGUGUCUGCCACUUCUAUCCGGAGAGCGCAUUGGAGAAGUUGAAAAACGUUGCUAGCUUCCGCAAGGAGAACAAAGCUCUGGUGCACGGCCUGCAGGUGAAGGAUGUGCAGGAGCGCUUCGUCAAGGGCAGCGUCAUCAAUGUGCUGAAGAACUGCGACCAGAAGGGCCGACGCGUGCUCAUCGUCAACUGCGGCAAGCUCUGGGAUCCCAAUCUGAUACCCAGCGAUGAGAUGUUCCGCAUGCUGUACGUGGUGCACAUUGCCGCCCAGCUGGAGGAGGAGACACAGGUGCGCGGAGUCGUCUGCAUUAUGGACUUUGAUGGCCUGGCCAUGAAGCAGGUGAAGGCGCUGUCGCCCAGCUUCUCCAAGCGUCUGCUCACCUUCAUACAGGAGGCCAUGCCGCUGCGCAUGAAGGAGGUGCACAUCGUCAAGCAGCCCUUCAUCUUCAACAUGGUCUGGACGCUCUUCAAGCCCUUCAUCAAGGAGAAGCUGAACAAACGCAUGCACUUCCAUGGCAGCGACAUGAAAUCUCUGCACAAGUUCCUCGACCCCUCGGUGCUUCCAGCCAACUACAAGGGCACCCAGCCAGCCAUCGACUAUGGCGGCCUUGACUGGUUCCCCGCCCUCGAGCAGCAGACCGAAUAUGUGAACACCUGGAGCGAGAUGGGACCCGCCCAGUGGUAGAGCUCUAUGAGUCCUUGGGCAGCCAGUCCAAACAUUAGUUAAUCCUUGUACUUAUAAAUAUGUUCUUGAUUAGUUCUUAGCAAUUGACAAUAAAUUAGUUAACAUAAUGCCAAAACCCC